AUGAAUCCACAACAACCAUUAUCUUUGUUUCCUCCACACGAAACUAAUCAAACUAACUCACAACAAUCAACCACUAUUCAGCCCACUAUGAUUGAAAUGCAUGCAUCCACAUACGAAACUCAAAUCAUUUCACAACCAAUUCAUCCAACUACACUUCCAUGUCAAGUACAAUCCAAACCAAUCAAUCCUAAAACACAUGAUCCAACUCAAUUACAAAGUGGCAACCAAUUUGGUUAUCCCAUAACAAACUAUGGAGUACCUUUAGAAUAUUAUCAACAAAAUCCACCUCCAUUGGCUGGCCAAUUUGAAAGAUUAUUCCAACCAAUUCCAGAUCAGAAAGGCAUUCAAAUAACUCAAUCUGAUGAAGGUCAAACAUUUCUCAUUACUGCAAUGGUUUGCUGUUGUCCAUGUGCAACAGGUUACGUUUUUUGUUCUUCAUGUUGUUGUAAAGGAGGAACUCAUUCCAUUGGACAUACAUCAUCACCAAGUUGUGAUACCUGUGAUCGUUGCUGUGAUUGCAGUGGUGCUUGUGAUACUGCAGCAUCAUUUAUAGUUCUGAUCAUUAUGGCAAUUAUUGCAAUUUUAAUCUUGACAGCAUUAGUGUCAAUUCCAAUAAUUUUACUUGCUUUACCAUUUUAUUUGUUGUGGAAACUUUACACAUUGAAAUCUGUCAAAAUUCUUCUCAAUGAAGAACGAAGAGAAAUUAUUGUAACGACAAGAGGAAAAUAUUUCAAAAAGGAUGAAAUUCUAUCUGAAACAAUCAUUCCAUUUCAUAAUAUUUUGGAAAUUUCUGUUGUGGAAUUGGAUAAAAAGCAUUUCAUUGUUGCCAAAUGUAAAGGAGAUACCAAGAUUAACUUUACUCAAUUUAUUACUGACAUUUCAGAAAAGGAACUUCAAAAGGGAGUUCAAUUCUUAAAGAACUAUUUCUCAUUGCACGGUGUUGCUGCAUUUCAAACAGCAGAGCUUCCAUAA